AUGGUGAAGGACCUAAGGAAUAAACAUAGGUUACAAAUGUUAGGUUUGAUUGAAACUAAAAGGCAGACAGUGACGAGAAUUGACGUUGCAAGAAUAUGGGGACAAGGUAGUCCAGGUUGGGAAUAUGUAGGCUCUAAUGGGGUGUCUGGUGGACUCUUGCUAAUUUGGGAUGAGUGGAUGUUUAAAUUGAAUAAUUGCUAUAAGGGAGAGAGGUGGUUAUGUGUUGAAGGAGUGAUCUUAAAAAAUAGUUUCAACUGUGCGAUUGUCUUGGUCUAUGGUGCACAUGAGAGAGAUGCGAAGAUUCAUGUAUGGAAGGAGCUGAGCUAUAUUGCGGGGUUAUGCCAGGUUCCGUGCUGUUUCACGGAAGACUUUAACAAAAUAGUUCAUGUAGAGGAACGGAGAGGUACUACUGGGUUGACACGAUCUGCGAAAGAUUUUAAGUCUUGGAUACAGGACAUGAACUUAGUGGAUUUGCCGCUCACUGACUGGAAGUUUACAUGGUUUCGCGGGAAUUUUUGCAGUCGCAUAGACAGAGUUCUGGUUAGUUUGGAGUGGCUAGAAGAGUUUCCAAAGGCACAUUUGCGAGGUGGACCAAGGGGUUUGUCAUAUCACUGCCCGCUAAUAGUGGAGGGUAGGAAGCUGAGAGGAGGUGCGAGGCCGUUCCGGAGCCUUGAUUUGUGGUUUACGCAUGACGGAUUUCUCAGGAUGGUGAAGGAGGAAUUGAGAGGUUUGGGGGAGCUACAAUUCACCGAUAAAUUGAAGGUGCUGACAGGUCCAUUGGGAAGAUGGCAUAAGGCAAAUUUUGGUGAGAUUGAUAAGAAGAUUAUAAAGUUUGAGGGAGAGAUCAAGAGGAUUGAUUAUCUGGUUAGCAAUGGAGUACACGAUGGAACACUGGAGGCUAGAAGAAAAGCGUUGGUUAAGUGCUCUUCAGCAAGAAGGCGGAACAAUAGGAUUGAUACUCUGGUUAUCAACGACAGGCUAGUUCGAAACCAGGCUAGAAUAAAGGUUGCUAUCAGAGAGUUUUAUAAGGACUUAUAUCAUCAGGAAGACUCUCCUAUUAUGGGUUUCAGAGAUGGCCUGGUGGUUUAA